UGGAGCAGCAGAGCCAGAAGUAUGCCCACGUCAAGUAGCAUCCUGCAGAAGUUCCUCAGCAACGGUUUGGCCUUCGGCAAGUCCACCAAACUGGCGCUGGUGGUCCGAACCGACCUGAAGAUGUCCAAGGGAAAGACAGCGGCCCAGUGCGCCCAUGCGGCGGUCAUGUGCUACCAGAGCUCUGUGCAGGGAACCAAGCUGCAGAACGCCGUUCUGCAGCGUUGGUGUCGCCUGGGACAGCCGAAGAUAGUGCUGCGCGUGGACAACUUCGAGCAGCUGAACUCCCUGGAGCGACAGGCUCAAGAGUCGAACGUUGUGGCCGCUAUGGUGAGGGAUGCCGGUCGCACUCAGCUGGAAUCUGGGACAGCAACGGUCCUCGGACUGGGUCCAGCCCCUGCCGAAGAUCUAGACAAACUGGUGGCGCAUUUGAAGCUUUUGUGAACUCUUAGGUUUAUGCAACGUUACAAAUAAAGUACAAGUAAUCAACAAGUG